AUGUCCAGACAAAACUACACUGAAGUGACAGAAUUUAUUCUCUUGGGUCUCACAAGCCGUCCAGAAUUGAGAAUCAUUUUCUUUGUGCUGUUCCUUGUGGUCUACAUAGUCACUGUGUUAGGGAAUGUUGGCAUGAUCAUUUUAAUCAAAAUUGAUUCUCGACUUCACACACCCAUGUACUUUUUUCUCUCAAGCUUGUCUGUUCUAGAUCUAUGUUUUUCCACAAAUGUCACACCCAAAAUGUUAGAAAAUUUCUUAUCGGAGAAGAAGACAAUCUCCUACGCUGGCUGCCUGGUGCAGUGUUACAUUGUCAUUUCUGUGGUCCUCACAGAGCACUGCAUGCUGGCUGUCAUGGCCUAUGACCGCUACAUGGCCAUCUGCAACCCUCUGCUCUACAGUAGCAAGAUGUCCAAGAGUGUCUGUGUCCGUCUGGUCAUUGUCCCUCAUGUGUAUGGCUUCCUUCUCAGUGUGAUGGAAACCUUGAGGACCUACAACCUCUCUUUCUGUGGUGCUAAUGAAAUCAACCAUUUCUACUGUGCAGAUCCUCCUCUUAUCAAGCUGGCCUGCUCUGACACCUACAGCAAAGAGCUGUCGAUGUAUAUAGUAGCCGGCUACAGCAACGUCCAGUCUCUUCUGAUCAUUCUCACAUCAUACAUGUUCAUCCUCAUUGCUAUCCUGAAAAGCCAUUCUGCAGAAGGGAGAAAGAAAGCCUUUUCCACAUGUGGCUCCCACCUGACAGUGGUCACAAUCUUCUAUGGCACCCUCUUCUGCAUGCAUUUGAGACGCCCCACAGAAGAGUCCGUGGAGCAGGGCAAAACGGUGGCUGUGUUUUAUACCACAGUGAUUCCUAUGCUGAACCCCAUGAUCUAUGGUCUCAGGAAUAAGGAUGUAAAAGAGGCAUUGAAAAAGGCAUUAGGGAAUCAAAAAGUGGGGAAAUAA